AUGCUGCUAUUAUACCUCUGUUUCUGGAUUGCAGCAAUAGCGCUGGCUGGGGACGCGGCAGGGCGCGGAAUCGCGCCGCCAAACGAGUGCCCGCCGUUCCGAAACGGGUCGAUCGUGAUAGAAUCGUACCAACUAUACCCCGAGAAUGCCGACUUUGAUCUAAACGAGUGCCUCCUGUAUUUCGGCUCACUUUUCAACGCCUCGGUGGUCGUGUACGACCCGUACAAGGCCGAGACGGUGCUCACUCUCGAGUUCGGGGGCAUCACGCGCACGAGGCCCUUCCACGUCGGCGGCGUCGCGUGGGAUCCGUACACGAAUCUGAUCUCGAUCCUCGUGGAUUCCGCGACCCCCCACGAGACCCCCGAUCACCAGAUCGCGGGUGACGACUACCUUAUCCGCUACGACCCGGCGAAGCGGGAGAUCGUGUGGUCUCUCAACAUCACGGAGGUGACCCGGGGUGAGUAUGGCGGGCAACAGGACGUGGAGCACGAUGCCCGCGGCCACGUCUACGUCCUGGGGAGCUAUCCCGGUACGAUCCUGCGCGUCGAGCCCGACGGCAAGAGCAUCAAGCCGUGGUAUCUACCCCCCGAGAUCGACCAUACGGUGUACGGGCUUACCGGGUUUGCCGCGGCCGGGGACAUCCUCCUUGCCAGCGACAUCAAGAACAAUAGCGCUAGUGGCGGCUCGAUCUACCGGUUCGACCUGGCGGCGGAAGAGGGUGUGCCCGUAGUCGUCCCCAGGACGCCGGAGGACCCGAUCCUGUCGUUCGACGCCAUCUACCUACCGCCCAAGUAUGGCGGGACAGUCCUGCUGAUCUCGGAGCACGAACGGGGGGUGUCGGUGCUCCGAUCCGCAGACGGCAGAUGGGAGGCAGCCGAGUAUCUCGGGUUGAUCCCGAAUGACCUGUCUUUGGUAGACGAUGGCGGCGCUAAUACUGCUACCGUCGAGAUCGCCGGGAGCAUAUACACGGUGAAUGAGUGGUUCUCGGACCCGAUCGUCCCGGGGACGUCCGCGGGGAGCAGGACCAAGUUCCCGCUCGUGGAUAUCUCGGCGCGUGUUGAGGAGCUGUUGGUAGCUGCUAAAUAG